UGGCGGCUCGGCUACCGGCCUGUGUGGUGGACUGCGGCACCGGAUACACGAAGCUCGGAUUACGCCGGGAACACGGAGCCCCAGUUCAUCAUCCCAUCAUCCCGUUUCUUCUCAGGCAUUGCCAUCAAGGAGUCGGCGAAGGUUGGAGACCAAGCCCAGAGACGUCUGAUGAAGGGUGUGGAUGACCUGGACUUCUUCAUUGGUGAUGAAGCCAUAGACAAGCCAACAUAUACGCCACAAAGUCCUCAGUGGCCCAUUCGUCACGGCAUUGUGGAGGAUUGGGAUCUGAUGGAGCGCUUCAUGGAGCAGGUCAUAUUCAAGUAUCUCCGAGCGGAACCUGAAGACCAUUACUUCCUCCUGACGGAACCUCCCCUCAACACUCCGGAGAACAGAGAGUACACGGCGGAGAUCAUGUUUGAGUCCUUCAAUGUCCCCGGACUGUACAUAGCUGUCCAGGCUGUCCUGGCUUUGGCUGCAUCUUGGACCUCCAGACAAGUGGGGGAGCGCACUCUGACCGGUACGGUGAUAGACAGCGGAGAUGGUGUCACUCACGUCAUUCCAGUGGCUGAAGGCUACGUGAUUGGAAGCUGCAUCAAGCACAUCCCCAUCGCGGGAAGAGACAUCACCUACUUCAUCCAGCAGUUACUCCGAGACAGAGAGGUCGGCAUUCCUCCGGAACAGUCCCUGGAAACGGCAAAGGCUGUGAAGGAGCGGUUCAGUUACGUGUGCCCGGAUCUGGUGAAGGAGUUCAGUAAGUACGACACGGACGGCAGCAAGUGGAUCAAGCAGUACACGGGGGUGAAUGCCGUCACCAAGAAGGAGUUCAGUAUUGACGUCGGGUACGAGAGAUUCCUCGGUCCUGAAAUAUUCUUCCAUCCUGAGUUUGCCAACCCGGACUUCACUCAGCCCAUUUCGGAGGUCGUUGAUGAGGUCAUCCAGAAUUGUCCCAUUGAUGUGAGGCGUCCUCUCUAUAAGAACAUCGUCCUCUCCGGGGGCUCCACCAUGUUCCGGGACUUCGGGCGCCGCCUGCAGAGGGAUUUGAAGAGAACGGUUGAUGCCAGACUGAAGCUGAGCGAGGAGCUGAGUGGAGGACAUCUGAAGCCGAAGCCCAUUGAUGUCCAGGUGAUCACUCACCACAUGCAGAGAUACGCCGUCUGGUUCGGAGGGUCCAUGUUGGCUUCCACGCCGGAGUUCUACCAAGUGUGCCACACCAAGAAGGACUACGAGGAGAUCGGGCCGUCGAUCUGCCGCCACAAUCCCGUCUUCGGGGUCAUGUCCUAG